AUGGCCGGAACACAAAACCUAUCAGACCGAGACGAAUCCUUUGACUCAUCAGAUUCAGACAACGAAGAUGUGCAGGUACAAGUACAAGAUCCAAUUUUGACAGCAAGAAAUGCUGGUGCAAGUCUUAGUGUUCCAGCAAAAGCUAACAUUGCACGUAAGAGAAAACUUCCUACCAACCAAGGAAAGUACAAUCAAAGGGGGAAUAAAACUAUUGCCAAUACAACUGCCUGGGAUCGUUUGAAGGAUUUCCCCAACCAUCAUUUUACUGUAAUCGACCGGAAAUUGCGGUGUAACGCUUGUAAUGAAUAA